AUGAGCAGCAAGGCCAAAGCCGAUUCCGAGACCCAGCAGCAGCUGCCCACAAAGCCCAAGCCCUUUAUGACAGGAGUUAGGGGGGACAUAAAGCUGAUCACAACUAAGGUUCAAGAAACCAUAAAAUGGUUCAACAUCAAGACCAAAUAUGGCUUCAUUAGCCAACAUCACAUGAAGGAAGACAUAUUUGUCCAUCACCCCACCAUUCAGAACCACAAGCGCAGGAAGCACCUGUUCAGCCUAGGUGAUGGCAAGAUUGUGCAGGGUCAGAAGAGUAUGCAGGCCACCAACAUCACAGGCCCCCGAGGAGCUGCAGUGCAGGCAAGCAGAUGGAUGCAACUUAAAAACAGUGGCUACAAUGAGGCUGGCAUUGUGGUACAACAAGUUAAGCCGCCACCUAUGAUUAAGGAGUCACAGAGGGUUCAUGUCACAGCUGCCCCACUUCUGAUUAAUCUGCCCAUAAAACUGAAAAGUUACCACGGACGCCCGAGAGUCCCGGGAGCCGCGGCUGAGGACCAGGCAGGUGCCCGCGGCGCGCGCACAGACCCGAGCCCCAGGGCCGUGCCCGCACACACCGCCCCGCUCGGCCACCUCCCGCACCUUCCUCCCGCCCAGAAGCCCCCAGCCCCGCGCGCCGUCCCGGAGCCACGACCCUGCCGGACCACCGUCCCCACAGCCGCUUCGAGAAGCCCACGUCCCUCCACCGCGGCCGCUCCCGGGGCUCCCCGAGCACCAGCCCGGGACCCCGGCGACACGGCGACACGCCAGAAACUCACCGACGCCGCCCCUCGCUCCGGCCCGCCCGCUCGCUCCGGCUGCCACGCCCCGAACACCCGGGCGCCCCGCGCCACAACCGCUGUCCCCGCGGCCGCCCGGGGCCACAAGGAGGCGGCCCGCCCCGCCAGUGGCGCCGCCCUCCCGGCUGGAUCCCCCGCCGCACGCUGCCGGGAGCACGUGCGCGCGCACGCCCAGGCGGUUGGCCCGUCCGACACGUGA